GCGCUGGCCUGUCUGAGGGUGGUUGCUGGGUGUCUCUUUGGUUGUGUGAGGAGGAGGAGGAGGAGGAAGGGAAACCACAAAAAGAGGGAAAGCUGCUGCUGUUGCUGCUGUUAUGAUGAUGCUUGCCUGAGUCUCUCUGCCCGCACACCUCUUUGCAUACACGUCUCACCACAAGGAGAGAGAGGAGGGGGGCGUGCAUUUGCCUGGCCGGAUCAUUCCUCCCCCUUCCUCUCCAUUAUUCACCCACCUCCCUGCCUUUCUCCCACAGCCCCUUGGUUUCCUCCUCCUCGCAUUGCCCGUCUUUCUCCUCCUCUGACUGAGUGCAUUGGUCUCCUCCCACGGCAGCCUCUUCCCCCUCCUCUUCGGGGCCUCCCCCUCCGCUAAAAUAUUGAGCGAUCCCACUCCAUAGGCAUCAGAGAAUCCAGCUGAGCCGGUCUCCUCUCUCCCCUUUCUGCGGCUUCAAUUCAUAAUAGAAAAUCCCCUUUCUAUAUUUCUGCCCUCUUCCAUAAUCUCUUUAGUCCUUUUGGGGGGGUGGCUGUCUAGAGCUUCCAUAGCCUUUUCUUUCCUCCUCUCCCCUGCCAGACCACUCUCAAUACACACCUACUUUAGUCCUGACCUUCACACCCUCUAUCUUUUCUUCCACCCCAACUUCCGUUCCCAUUUUCCUUCCUCCUUUAGCCCUUGCUUGGAAUCUCCCCCACUACCACCAAACAAAGCCUACUGAUGGUGUGAUCCGUGAGGGGAAGAGCCCUUUUAAAACGCUGGGGUUGUUGGAGUGGCCACAUUUUUCCUGGAAUUGAGUGGGAAAUUCAGAAGACUGAAGCCCAGGCUCACUGUCUACCUUUCACGGAGGCCCAGCCGUGAGAGGACAGAAGAAGGCACCUGGCGAAUCAUGACAGCAGACAAAGAAAAGGACAAAGAGAAAGAGAAAGAUCGGGACAGGGACCGGGACCGGGAGCGGGACAAGCGAGAGAAGGUGAGAGAGAGCGAGAACUCGCGUCCUCGUCGGAGCUGCACGCUGGAAGGUGGGGCCAAGAACUACGCAGAGAGCGACCACAGUGAAGAUGAGGACAAUGACAACAACAGUGCCACCACCGAGGAGUCCACGAAGAAGAACAAGAAGAAGCCCCCCAAGAAGAAGUCUCGCUAUGAGAGGACGGACAAUGGAGAAAUCACCUCUUUCAUCACCGAGGAUGAUGUUAUCUACAGACCUGGAGAUUGCGUGUACAUUGAAAGUCGCCGACCAAAUACACCAUACUUCAUCUGUAGCAUUCAAGACUUCAAAUUGAGCAAGCGGGACCACCUCCUCAUGAAUGUCAAAUGGUACUACCGCCAGUCUGAAGUCCCGGAUUCUGUGUAUCAACACUUAGUUCAGGACCGACACAAUGAGAAUGAUUCUGGGCGUGAGUUGGUUAUUACAGACCCAGUGAUCAAGAACCGGGAGCUUUUUAUUUCGGACUAUGUGGACACCUAUCAUGCUGCUGCCCUCAGGGGGAAGUGCAACAUCUCCCAUUUCUCUGACAUCUUCGCUGCUAGAGAGUUUAAAGCUCGUGUGGAUUCCUUUUUCUACAUACUGGGCUACAAUCCAGAGACAAGGAGGCUGAACAGCACCCAGGGUGAAAUCCGGGUUGGGCCGAGCCAUCAGGCGAAACUCCCAGAGCUGCAGCCAUUCCCUUCGGGAGAUAGUGACACUGUGACUCAGCAUGAGGAGCUUGUGUGGAUGCCUGGGGUCAACGACUGCGACCUCCUCAUGUACCUGAGGGCAGCAAGGAGCAUGGCAGCUUUUGCAGGGAUGUGUGAUGGAGGAUCCACAGAAGACGGGUGUGUUGCAGCCUCCCGUGAUGACACUACUCUCAACGCGCUCAACACUCUGCACGAAAGCAACUAUGACGCUGGCAAAGCCCUCCAACGCCUGGUGAAGAAGCCCGUGCCGAAACUCAUUGAGAAGUGCUGGACGGAAGACGAAGUGAAACGUUUCAUUAAAGGGCUCAGACAGUAUGGAAAGAACUUCUUCAGGAUCCGAAAAGAGUUACUUCCCAAUAAGGAGACAGGAGAACUGAUCACCUUCUAUUACUACUGGAAGAAAACCCCCGAAGCUGCAAGUUCCCGGGCUCACCGCAGGCAUCGGAGGCAGGCUGUGUUUCGGAGAAUCAAAACGCGAACAGCUUCCACUCCAGUUAACACUCCCUCCCGCCCCCCCUCCAGUGAAUUCUUGGACUUGAGCUCGGCCAGCGAGGAUGACUUCGACAGCGAGGACAGCGAGCAGGAGCUGAAGGGCUACGCCUGCCGCCACUGCUUCACCACCACCUCCAAGGACUGGCACCACGGUGGGCGGGAGAACAUUUUGCUGUGCACUGACUGCCGCAUCCAUUUCAAGAAGUACGGAGAGCUUCCGCCCAUCGAGAAGCCAGUGGACCCGCCUCCCUUUAUGUUCAAGCCUGUCAAAGAGGAAGAUGAUGGACUCAGCGGGAAGCAUAGCAUGAGGACAAGACGGAGUCGGGGCUCGAUGUCUACCCUACGCAGUGGUCGUAAGAAACAGCCCACCAGCCCUGAUGGUAGAGCCUCUCCCGCCAACGAAGACAUCCGAUCCAGCGGCCGCAACUCUCCCAGCGCUGCCAGCACUUCGAGCAAUGACAGCAAGGCAGAUUCGGUGAAGAAGUCCACCAAAAAGAUCAAAGAAGAGACAUCGUCACCUCUCAAAAACUCCAAGAGGCAGCGAGAAAAGGUGGCUUCCGACACGGAGGAGCCCGACAGAAUCAAUGCCAAAAAAACCAAAACACAGGAGAUCAGCAGGCCCAAUUCCCCGUCAGAAGGGGAAGGGGAGAGCUCUGACAGCCGCAGCAUGAACGACGAGGGCAGCAGCGACCCAAAAGACAUUGACCAAGACAACCGGAGCACCUCACCCAGCAUCCCCAGCCCCCAGGACAACGAGAGCGACUCGGACUCGUCGGCCCAGCAGCAAGUGCUGCAGGCCCCCAACGGCCCCGCCCAGCCCCCGCCCCCCUCGCUCCCGGUGCCGGCCCCGCUGCCGCUGCCCACCGCCUCCGGCGCCCCCGCCUCCGGCGCCCCCCUGGUCCCCGCCUCCGCCGCUCAGCCGCCCAGCCAGCCCCCGGCUCCCAUGCCCCCCCACUCGCACAUCCAGCAAGCCCCCGCGCUGCACCCCCAGAGGCUGCCCUCGCCCCACCCGCCCCUGCAGCCCCUGGCCACGCCCCAGGCGCCCCCGCUGCCCCCGCCGCACCCGCAGCCGCCCCUGCACGGCCAGAUCCAGGCGUUCCCCCACGGCCUCCCCAGCCAGCCGCUGCUGGCCCACCCGGUCCCCGGCCAGCCCUUCCCCCACGCCCCGCAGCCGGCCCCCUCGGCGCCCCCCCAGCCCCCGGGGCCGCUGCAGCCGCAGGCCGUGGCGCACCCCCACGCGGCCCUCCCGGGGGCCCCCGCCCAGCCCAGCCUGCAGGCCCCCGCCUCCCUGCUGCCGCAGCCGCCCCGCCGCCCCCCCCGGGAGCAGCCCCUCCCGCCCGCCUCCAUGUCCAUGCCCCACAUCAAGCCGCCCCCCACCACCCCCAUCCCGCAGCUGCCCACGCCGCCGUCCCACAAACACCUCUCGGGGCCGUCCCCGUUCUCCAUGAACUCCAACCUGCCCCCGCCGCCCGCCCUGAAGCCGCUCAGCUCCCUCUCGACGCACCACCCGCCCUCGGCGCACCCCCCGCCCCUGCAGCUGAUGCCCCAGAGCCAGCCGCUGCAGCCCUCCCCGGCGCAGCCCCCCGUGCUGACGCAGAGCCAGAGCCUGCCCCCCUCUGCCGGCCACCCGUCCUCCGGCCUGCACCAGGGGCCCUCCCAGCCCCCCUUCUCGCAGCACCCCUUCGUCCCCGGCGGCCCGCCCCCCAUCACGCCCCCCGCCUGCCCCUCCACCUCCACGCCGCCUUCCGUGCCCGGCGCCCCCCCGCCAGCCGCGGUCUCCACGCCCACGGCCGGCAGCGGCCCCGUGGUGGCGCCCUGCACCGUCCCGGCCAUCCAGAUCAAGGAGGAGGCGCCCGACGAGGUCGAGGAGCCCGAGAGCCCCCCCGCCCCGCCCCGGAGCCCCUCGCCCGACCCGACCGUCGUCGACACGCCCAGCCACGCCAGCCAGUCGGCCAGGUUUUACAAGCACCUGGACCGUGGCUACAACUCGUGUGCAAGGACCGACCUGUACUUCAUGCCGCUGGCCGGAUCCAAGCUGGCCAAGAAGCGAGAGGAGGUGAUCGAGAAGGCCAAGCGGGAAGCCGAGCAGAAGGCAAGAGAAGAGAGGGAGCGGGAGAAAGAGAAGGAAAAGGAGAGGGAGAGAGAGCGUGAGCGUGAGAGAGAAGCCGAAAGAGCGGCGAAGGCGUCCACCUCCGCGCACGAAGGGCGUCUGGGAGAGGCCCCCCUGAGCGGGCCGGCUCACAUGCGGCCCUCCUUCGAGCCGCCCCCCACCACCAUCGCCGCCGUCCCGCCGUACAUCGGGCCCGACACGCCGGCACUACGGACUCUCAGCGAGUACGCGCGCCCCCACGUCAUGUCCCCCACCAACCGCAACCACCCCUUCUUCGUGCCCCUCAACCCCACCGACCCGCUUCUGGCGUACCACAUGCCCGGCCUCUACAACGUGGACCCCACCAUCCGGGAGCGGGAGCUGCGCGAGCGGGAGAUCCGGGAGCGGGAGAUCCGGGAGCGGGAGCUGCGCGAGAGGAUGAAGCCGGGCUUCGAGGUCAAGCCGCCGGAGCUCGACGCGCUGCACCCCGCCACCAACCCCAUGGAGCACUUUGCCCGCCACGGCGCCCUCACCAUCCCCCCCACGGCAGGCCCACACCCCUUUGCUUCCUUCCACCCAGGACUGAAUCCCCUGGAGCGGGAGAGACUCGCUCUGGCAGGCCCCCAGUUGCGGCCUGAGAUGAGCUACCCGGACAGACUGGCCGCCGAGAGGAUACACGCCGAGCGGAUGGCGUCUCUCACCAAUGACCCGCUGGCCAGGCUCCAGAUGUUCAAUGUCACCCCACAUCACCACCAGCACUCCCACAUCCACUCGCACCUGCACCUGCAUCAGCAGGACCCGCUGCACCAAGGCUCCGCGGGACCUGUGCACCCCCUCGUGGACCCCUUGGCAGCCGGACCGCAUUUGGCACGCUUCCCCUAUCCUCCCGGCACGCUCCCGAACCCGUUGCUAGGUCAGCCGCCCCACGAGCACGAAAUGCUGCGGCACCCGGUCUUCGGGACCCCGUACCCCCGCGACCUCCCUGGCGCCAUCCCCCCGCCGAUGUCGGCCGCCCAUCAGUUACAGGCCAUGCACGCUCAGUCCGCGGAGCUGCAGAGACUAGCGAUGGAGCAGCAGUGGCUUCACGGGCACCCCCAUAUGCACGGGGGCCACCUGCCCAGCCAAGAGGACUAUUACAGCCGGCUGAAGAAAGAAGGCGACAAGCAGUUGUAAUAAAUUAUUUAUUUGUAAUGCUUGCUACAGAAGAUCCCGGUCAUGGGGAAGAAACAGAAUGUGUUUACCUGCACACAAGAACGGCAAAAAGCAAGAGAAUUGUCUUCUAAAGAUCUCUUUCUCUAUUUAAAAUGGGAAAAAACCCAAGGAAGCCCAAGACACUAGAGACCUUAAUCAGCACACAUAGUAUUCAUUGGUAGGGAAGAUUUCUCAAGACCGGUCUGGGAAUCUCCUUGCAUGAGAAAACCUGUUAAGAAGCCUCUGGUGGGGAAGGAAACACGCAAAAACCCACCGCAUGGGACUGGAUGAGAAAUUCAAAGAGUUUUCUUGGGCACUCUUGGGGGUUUGGUUUUUCGGGUUCCUUUUAUUUUUCAUUUUGAGUAGGUGCUAGAAUCAGGUUCACAACUUAAUGCAAGCCACUGUGCAUAAAAAUACACUCGAUUUAUAUAAAUAUAUAUAUAUAUACUUUAAAAAAACAAGAAUUACAAGUAGGUGGCAUAACAACCUCUGAAAAUCCAAGUGCUAUAACAAGAAUUUUAAAAGAAAAUCUACUUUUAUUUUAAUACAUUGUAGGAAAACUUCAUAAUUUUAAAGAGAGCUUUGCAGCAUGGCUUUUUAAGUCUGUAAAUAACUUUUACGAGUUAGGAGUUAAAAUGAUUAUUACAAUCUCCACAAACUCCUGAUUUCUUCUCCUCCGCCCCCUUCCACUUUCAGUAACAUCACAAAAUAGUUACUUCUUACCUGGUGUUGACAAGAAUACAGAGUUGAUUUUUUAAUAUAAGAGGAAUAUAUAUAAUAUCCCUUUAAUUAAAGGGAAGACGACGAGUGGGCGAGGGUGAGUAAUUUCAGAUAUGGGCAAGAGCUUGGCUUUAUGGUCUGGUAGCAGCAUAAGCAUUAAAGGGAGUUGCAGGGAUAAUGUUAAAAUGUUUCCUUUUGUGUGUAUGUGUUCUUUUUAAUUUAAUUCCUUUGUUCCACGAGCAUCCCAAUCGCUUUCUCUUCUGGUUGCUGGUUUUGUCAUGAUCCAGGCGUCCAACGGGUACAUGGCAGCACAUUCCUGCUCUGGGGUACAUGGUUGAAGGCAAAAGCAGAACCUGCCAUGGUAGCAGCUUUCAAAGAACGAGCUCUUUCGGCCCAACUCAGGGGUAUCCCCAGCACCACUUUGAAAGUUUACUCACUACUUCUUCUUCCUCAGUGUUGUAUUGGUCUGAAAACAGUUCUUGAAAACUUGGGCUCCCCCUUCCACCCACCUUUCGUAGUAGUGACGAUCGUCUGGUGAAGUUCCUUUCCAUCGGCUUUGACUACAGAACCCAUCCAUGGAAGGCGGGGCUCCUGCAUUCCCUUCCUGUCUUCCGGUGCCAUGUGUGGGGGGGGGGGGUGUGAGGUGUAUGUCUCCUGUGUAUGGAGAGAAUAAGACGGCUCUUGCUACGUGAUAUCGCCCCAUCCAACGGAGGCAUUAGAGCUGCUAAGCUUGGACGUGUGGCCAUUUUAAUAGAAAGCAAGAUGUCAGAGAAACCACCUUUAAAAAAGAGAAUUUAAAAUAGCAUAUGCACAUUUAGGUUUUGCCGUUUCUGUCUGUCAACUUUUUUGAAAGAAAGGAUAGGUGAAGGGGCUCUUGAGCAGCCAUGAGUUCUCAUCCUGCUUUCAUGGUGGCAAAGCUUAAAUUUAAAGGUUGAAGGUCCUCUGAGUUUCCGGAGUUUGCUUUUAGCAGGUCUGAUAUUUUUGCUUUGCUGGCAGAAGACUCGGGGAAGCAGCAACCCGGGCCUUACCUCAAGGGCACAAUUGGCUAGGAAGGUCCUGGAGUCCACAUGACUUCGUCCAAAACCUUAUCCUGAAUCCUUAGUGGGGUACGAUAGGGUGGAGUAAAAGACUGUGAGUGGCUGGGUGUGUAACCCACAUCAUGUAUCUUGCCCACCUGCCCGGUGCAUUACCCUGUGCCCGUUGUCAGGUCCCUGCUCUGCAGCUUGCAAGGUGGAGGGACCAGAAAGGCUGAGAACGGGGGCACAUCUUCUGUCGGUAACGGUCAAAGCAAAAAGCUUGUGACAACUGUGUGAAACCUGUUUUUAUACCCUUUGAUACAGGAGUGAGACUACACAGGUGGCCAGUUGCGUUCUUUCCGUUGGUUCUCUCCACCAUAAUAUUUUUUAUUCUCUUUCCUCUUCAGGGGAGUUAUAUCUUUUGCUCUGAAGACUCCUGUCUGUGGUGGUCCUUUGUAGGACUCCAUAGGGCUGGUUGGAUAACCUGGUAACUAAUCACGUUACUGUUUCCGCUGACGCAGGGCAUGUACAAUUUUCAGAUUGGCCCAAGAGAACACUGGGUUCUUUCUACCGUGGUCUUCCAUCGCUCGGUAUCCUGUCUUUUUUGGGAUCCAAACAAGCAUUUUCCUGGUGGGCUAUACCCAGAAUGAGUAAGGUUGCCCUCGGAACCAUUCCCACACUGAAUUUUGGGAUGUGGGAAAACUCGACUGUAAACUCACGGUGCUAAAUGUCUUCCACCCUCUCCAUCUAGCAAGAGGAAGGCUUUCCAGAUGUUUGAAGUUCUGCUUUAAAGCCCAGCCACCCUUUCCAUCCUGAAUACCCUAAAAAAUGACAUAAUGACCUACCUGUCAUCCCUGACAGGCAAUGCAACUGGUUACCUGCCCUCUUGUCUGGGUGGGGGGAGCGUGGUAAGGCAUCUCCAUACAGUGGAAAGAAUCCAGUUCUGGAACAGCAGUUUUGGAGUGGGUUGAUCUGCAGGGGUCUCAAAUUCCCCAGCAGGACAAAGAUUCCCAUUUGGAGGGACAGUUCCACAUGAAUGACAGAUGCACUCUCAUUAACGGUACCAGUUAAUUUCACCUAUCCCCCUUCCUUUACCUGCAGCUUAGGUUAAUCAUUCCAGGGUGGUGGGGGAAGCUCAGGGGCCGUUUCUUCUUGGAUCUAAUUAUUAACUACAGUGUUGUUUGUUCCGGGUCUCUUAAGAUACCUGUUAAAAUCACUCAACCUUUAUGGUUACCUUUUCAGUUUGUUCUUACGGUUUUUUUCCUUUUUGCUUUGAUCUAUUAAGACUCAUUUUUGCUUUUCGUGUGUGUUUUUUUUUUAAAUCAAACUGUCUUGUUCUGUGUCGUCAUGGUUUUAAGCUAGUUUCACUGCACCAGUUAAAAGCAGAAUAUCCAUUCUGACAGCUACGUUUAUAUAUAUCUUGAGGCUUAGUGUAUAUAUGAGUAGUUUGCCAUGGGAUAACACAGUGUAAAACAGAGUAGAAAACCCAGAAAUCGUGACUUCUGUGUUCUCUCCAUUUGAGUAUUUUGUAAUUUUUUUGAAAUAUUUGUGGACAUAAAUAAAAACCAAGCUACACUA